UCCGGAAAGAUGACUAGUGCUACACUCAUAGUUUCAGCAGUUGUCAUAGGUUUUGUAUUACACAUAGCUACAUGCUCAAAUGCCUCUCUCCCAGCCAUUGGGUUUAGUGUUCAGCUCUCUCAAAAUGUCCAAUUAGGGAACAGACAGACGGUAAAUUACGAAAAAGUAAUAACCAAUCAGGGUGACGGAUACAACAGAUGGACGGGGCAUUUUACAGCGCCUCGUAGAGGAUUGUAUCUGUUCUCCUGUACCAUAAUGGCUUUGCAUAACCACCGUAUACACAUUGAAAUAAUGAAAAAUGGAAAACGUAUAUCAACCUUAUAUUCAAGUACAACUGACCAGAGUUCACAGACUGUUGUUUUAGUUCUAAAUGAGGGAGACAGUGUGUGGACACGGCAAGCCUGGAGUGGAAGACAUCUACAUGACCAUGUGGGGUACAACGUGUUUACUGGGGUUCUGAUAUCAGAAAAUUUGUAAUGAUUUUCUUGAUAAGAAAUUAUUUCCUGCUUUGCAAAUAAAAUUAAUGGUAAAUUAAAUAAA